CUUAAUCUGAGAAGAGACAGUCCAAAGGAGGCUGAGACGCAACAUAAUUUCUCCAUACACUCAGAUGCUGUGUCGUAUUCUUAGGUCGGGAUGGACAUGCCAGUGAUUUUGUUGCUCACACUUUUGUCUGGGGAGUGUGUCACUGGUUUCACAGGGAAUGUUGCUCUCGGACUCAACGCUGUCCAGUCAUCCACAUUUGAGCACUUUACAACAGCCGAAAAGGCUACAGAUGGUAACAAAGAAUCAGACUACAAGAAUUUAUCAUGCAGUCACACUGGAAUUGAGAGAAAUCCCUGGUGGAGAGUGGAUUUGAAGCAUGUCUACAAUGUGACCAAUGUUACCAUCACUAAUCGUGGGGACUGUUGUGUGGAGCGAAUAGAUGGUGCUGAGAUCCGUGUUGGCAACAGCCUGAAUAACAACGGCAACAAUAAUCAGCUGGUUGAAGUAAUUUCAAGCAUCCCAUUGGGAGCCACAAAAACGUUUACAUUUAUGCCUACUAGUGGCCAAUAUGUCAACAUUCAUCUACCGGGGGAUGCUAAAAUUCUCACUUUGUGUGAGGUUGAAGUAUUUGCAGAGACUGAAGGCGCAGUGUCCACCAGGAAUGUUGCUCUCGGACUCAACGCUGUCCAGUCAUCCACAUUGGAGUCAUUUGCAACAGCCGAAAAGGCUACAGAUGGUAACAAAGAAUCAGACUACAAGAAGUUAUCAUGCAGUCACACUGGAGUUGAGAGAAAUCCCUGGUGGAGAGUGGACUUGAUGCAUGUCUUCAAAGUAACCCGUGUUAACAUCACUAAUCGGGACUGUUGUGUGGGGCAGAUAGAUGGUGCUGAGAUCCGUGUUGGCAACAGCCUGAAUAACAACGGCAACAAUAAUCAGCUGGCGGCAGUCAUUUUGAGCAUGCCAACGGGAGCCACAAAAACAUUUGUGUUUACACCUAUUAGUGGCCGAUAUGUCAACAUUUAUCUUCCUGGGGACUUUAAAGGUCUGACUUUGUGUGAGGUUGAAGUAUUUGCAGCUGAGACAGAAGUAUUUACUAGUGAGAUAAAAGAAGGAACACUGAGAACGUGGUGUGUGUAAGUAAGUGUAUGUGUGGACUGUAUGUAAAUUGCCUUAAUAAUUUAAUAAUAGAUUAAGUGGGAUGAGAUGA